AUGCGUCUACUGGUUUUCUUCCUGAAAAUCGCUUUUCUCAUCAAAUUGGCUAUGCCAAUUGAGAAAAUGUUGUUAUUUUAUGGAAAAAUCGUAAAAUUCAACAAAGAAGCUAUAUCUAUAACUGUUACGGAUCUAGACUCUUGCGUACAAAACUGUUUCGAGGAAUCCACAUUUAUUCUGGCGUUCUGGAACAGUAGUGGGUACUGUAACUUAUUCGGUUUCAGUAGCUUUGAUGAGAUUCGGGAAAUUGAGAGCGACGAGGGAGAUGUUGGUCAAUAUUUAGCUGUGAAGGCUGAUCUACCAAACAAUACUUGCCCAGCUUUCCCAUUUGAAACCGAUAUUAAGCGUCCUGGAAACCAAACAUGGAAAUCUGGCAAUGGCUGGACCACACGGUUAUGUAAAGCCGGCUGGACCCUGUUCAGUAGACCCGACUCAAUUUUUGUCUGUCUCAAAUUUUUCGAACUGAAACUUGGAACGAAUCGUACGGUUGCUCUGCAAACUUGUGUAGAUAAUGGUGCCAUUAUGACAGGGCUUGCAACCCGUAGCGAAGUUUAUUGGUUGACAGAAUUCAUAGUAGCUCCUCUGCAAACCGGACAAUGGGAUGGAAUUUGGCUGAAUGGAAUGCGAGACUGUAGCUCUAACACCAAUAAAACGUGUCAAAAUUUUGUCUGGAGCGACGGCUAUACCAUUGAUACUGAGCUGCUAAAACCGGGGUUUCUUUGGGAUCCAGGAUAUGUUAAUAACCAGCAGGAUUGUCUGGCAGUCAUAAGCUCUAUCAGUGAUCUAAAACUGAAUAUGGUUAACUGUACAUCGUACGACGUAGCGAUCGGAGUUGCCUGCGGAUACCAAUUCAAAUAA